AUGCAUGAACUUGAUUAUGAUUUGGAUGAUGAUGAUCUUGAAUUUCUUCGUGAACUUAAUUAUAAUAAUAAAACCAAACAAAAACGACAAAUAAGUGAAGAAGAAUUUGAAAAUGCAAUCAUUAUUUUAGAAUUUUCAACAGCUGAAAAAAUUCGUUCUUAUCUUAAACAAAAAUCAUGUGAAGAUGAACAUACUGUCUGUGAUAUAUGUUUAUUACCUGAUGGUGAUGAUGGUAAUGAAAUGGUUUUUUGUGAACGAUGUCAUUGUUGUGUACAUCAAAAUUGUUAUGGUAUACCAGUUGUACCAAGUGGCACAUGGCUUUGCAAACCUUGUUCUAUUUUAAGACGACCUGCAUGUAUCCUUUGUCCGAAACUUGGUGGUCCAAUGAAAAGUACAGCAAGCGGAACAAUUUGGUGUCAUUUAACAUGUGUUCUUUGGUUACCUGAACUUAAAUUUGUUGAUUAUGCUAAUAUGGAACCUAUAUUAAAUUUAAAUAAAAUUCCACAUGCACGUUGGUCUCUUCGUUGUGUUUUAUGUUCAACAUCGGAAGGUGCUUGUGUACAAUGUGCACAUAAAAAUUGUCGAACACCAUUUCAUGUUACUUGUGGUCUUAUUGCUGGUUAUUUUCUUGAUAUUCAACAAACACCUUGUAAAGAAUCGACUACAACACGUUCACAAUUUAAUGCUUAUUGUUCAAAACAUUCCGAUGAAGCUAGAAAACGUUCUGAACAAGAAUCAUCAAUAUUAUUAUUAAAUAAAGAUAGCGAAGAUGAUUCAUCAUGUUCAUCAUCAUUGUCUUCAAUACUUCCAUUAACUAUUUAUCGUCGUGAACAAUUAAAAAAUGAACAAUGGAUAAAUGAAUGUUAUAAAAAACUUUUUACAUUUAUUUCAUCAUCUUAUUUAAAUGAAGAAUGUCCAUAUGAUUAUAAUGAAAAUAUAUCAAAAAAAAUUUAUGACUAUUGGAUUAAUAAAAGACAAAUGAAUAAAACAAUGCCAUUAAUUAAACAUAUUGAUUUUGUCCUUGAACAACGUGAAAAUUCUGAAUUGUUAAUAACACAAAUAAACACUUGUCUAAAAUUUAGACAAACAAUGCUUCAGGUUGGCAUCUAUUUAUUUAACUUUCAAUGAUAGAUUACAAAAAAAAA